AUGGCAACGCAAAGGAUCAUAAGCAAAGAGAAGACGUACCUGGACCAAGAUGGCAAAGCGGCGCCCGAACCCUCCAACAUCACUCCAGCGGUGCCAUCCUCGGUCAUCUGGAAACUGCUGAGCUUCACCUUCGCCAUGGUCACACUGCCCAUCGGCACUUACUUCUUCACAGUCAGCUAUGUCUUCAAAGGCAACACGACAUUUGCUGGAGGUCUAGCCGCCAUCAUGGCCAAUGUGGUGCUAAUCUCCUAUGUCAUCAUGGCCUACAGGGACGACCAGUCGGAACGGCAAGAGGAGGAGGAGAAGAGGAAAAAGUCGUUAUAG